UGUUACAUUUUGGUCAAAUUUACACAUAAUUUGGUCCUUGGUAUUGAUCUCUAGUUGCCAACACUAUGGGCCUCCAUGAGCUCUGGGUGGUCAGAAUCAUGAUGAUGAAGAAAGGAUUUACUGGCAUGGCAUCUGUGGUAGCACCAUUCUGGAACGGAAUACACAAUUAAUCUGGUGAAGUACAAUUUUUUUUUAACCUUUUUGAUAGUGAGACAAGUACUCUUCUGCUUAGUGUGAAUAUUUGACAGAUAAUAAAUCAAGGAACACAAGAUGGCUCUGAUGGUUAUAAAAUUUGACUUGGCCAAGCGGAUCAAACUGGCCCAGGGACUGUGGCUUUUGUACUGGCUUGCAGUUAUGGGUGGGAUCCUCAUCUUCAGCAUGGGGCUUUUCUUCAAGAUUGAACUCCGCAAAAGGAGUGAAAUGAUGGACAAUAAUGAGAGUCAUUUUGUACCCAACUUGCUCAUCCUGGUAGGCCUGGCUACUUGUGGCAUCAAUGCCUUUGGAGGUAAAGUGUGCCAUGACUCACUUGAUUCAGCCAAGUUUUCCAAGUGGAAGCCCAUUGUGAAGAAUUACCUGUGUGGAUGCUUUGCCUUCUCCAUCAUCCUCUUCAUCAUGGCACUGCUUUGCUUCCUGAUGCAGAUCUCUCUACAUUUUGCCCUAGCUGAAGGUCUAAAAAACGGGAUGAAACACUACAAAGACACAGACACCCCAGGACGAUGCUUCAUGAAGAGGACGCUGGACAUGACCCAGAUUGAGUUCCGUUGCUGUGGCAACAACAACUUUAGGGACUGGUUUGAGAUCCAGUGGGUUAGCAACCGCUACCUGGACUUCAGCAAUGAUGAGGUCAAAGAUCGUAUCACAAGCAACGUUGAAGGUAAAUACCUUAUGGACAGCGUUCCCUUUAGUUGCUGCAACCCUGGCUCUCCACGGCCCUGCAUCCAGCACCAUCUGACCAACAAUUCAGCUCACUACGACUAUGACCAUCAUACUGAAGAACUAAACAUCUGGACUCGAGGCUGCCGUGAAGCCCUGGUCUCCUAUUAUGGGGGGAUGAUGAACAGCAUUGGGGCUCUUGUUCUGCUAGUCAUGGUUCUGCAGGCUGCAGAUAUGAUGGGACUAAAAUAUUUGUCAACCUCUUUGGAGACCCUGACAAACCCAGAGAACCCAGAGUGUGAGAGCGAAGGUUGGCUACUGGAAAAGAGCGUGAAAGAGACUGUAUCCGAUGUCCUUCAGAAGAUCAAAUCACUUGGCAGAAAGAACCAGGUGGAAGGAGCUGAGGCUGAUGCCAGUGCUGGUGCCAACUGAACAGCUCAGACUUUAGUCAGCUGGGACUAAAACCAUCCUAUAAGGAGCAUCAAAGAAAUCCUUGUUUGUGGGAAACCAUCAGAAGUGAACAAAAUAACAGGUCAUUAAUGAACCUUUAAAUGUGGUGAGCACUAACUGAAAAGGAAAAAAAAACUAUGUAAAUUUUAAUGUCCAUAUUGAGAUGUAAAUAUAAAUUAAAAAAACAUAUCAAAUAGAAUUUUACUUUGAAAGAGAUGUGGCAGGGAAUGAAGUUCAAAGAAUAAUUAACCUAAUUAUUUAUGUAGACACAUCUCUUGCCCCCAACCAAUCAGGGUUCAGGAGGUGCAAAAAGUGACAAACACACAACUGUGAACAAAUCCAAAAAGCUACCAGGCACUUAUCAUUUUUGAUCUCUUCUUGCAGGAUAGAAUAGUUAUUCCAAACAAAGCUGGAGGGAAAACUAGUGAAGUAAAUAUGGCCUCUGACUGGUGUCCAGGUUCUUCUCAAACACUGCUAUUUGAGUUACUGCACAACUCUUGCACAUCUUGACAGCAUUUAUAUCAGGCCCAUGAUGAACAGAAAUAAAUGAAAUAUAAAGGAAUGAAUGAUUCG